AAGCUAGACAGACAAGAGAGAGUUUUUUCAAAAAAAAGCCAACAGAAGAGAAAGAGCAAGAACCCUAAUCGACUACACGCGCUGAUAUCCACUGCUAAUAUCGAAAAUGGCGAGUGAGAGUUCCCAGUCUUCUUCGCCGUCGCCAGGUGAUACGUUCAUAGGAAGCUUCAUCAGUCUAAUUUCCAAGUCCGAGAUCCGCUACGAAGGCAUUCUAUACCAUCUCAAUGUUCGCGACUCUACGCUAGGUUUGAAGAAGGUAAGAUCUUGUGGAACGGAGGGGAGGAAAAAAGAUGGGCCUCAAGUUCCACCGUCUGAUUCUGUUUACGAUUACAUUCUUUUCCGGGGAAGUGACAUCAAGGAUCUGCAUGUUAACCCUUCUCCAUCUGCACAUUCAAGACAGAGCAUUCAGAGUGAAAAGGACAUCAAUCAGUCCUCUGGUUCUAGGCCAGUUAUGAGCUCUCCGUCUACUGGAUAUGAUAGUGGUUAUGGUUUGGGGAAAGGAGCACAAUGGGUUCAUACACCUGCUUUGACUAGUAAACCGGUUCUUACCACACAAUAUUCACCGGUCCUUCUAGGUGAUGAUGGAAGCUUGACAGAAUCACCAGCAAGCGUUAUUGAUUCAACUAAUACUUUCCAGGCACCUCAAAGUAAUGCUGCUGGUCUGUCUAUGCCGAUGCCUUCUUUCGUGCAAGGAAACAAACUAGCUUCUGCUGGAGUUCCUCGUGGUAUGAUGCAUCAGGCAGUUUCAUCAUCUUCUACCAAGCACAAUGUUCAAGCACAGAUUGUAGAUAUGUUUGCUUCACCGAUUAUGGGAUUAGUAGAUGAUACAACCAAGGUUGUUACUCAUACACCCGACGUUGCUUCUGAUCUAUCAUACUCUUCUAACCCUUCUCCCCUUGGUCAAGCACAACACCAUACUCCACCUGGCCUCGCUUCUUCAACCUCCACCCUUUCUCCACUUUCUGAAGCACAACUUUCUGCUCCGAAUAUUCAGAACAGUUACCCUGUUGCAUCCCAGGCUGUUGGUAAAGGUGGCUAUGACUCUCACAUUAACCAUCAUAACCAGUCUAUACCGUAUAACUUACCAGCUGUGACUUCGGAUUCAGCUCCUAUAGUUCCUGGUCCUUUAUCGAACUCGCCUCAGUCAUUCUUUGGCAUGGAGCCGUCACUGCAAUCUCGGCAGCAGGUGGUCAAUAGGGGUGAAGAGAUGUUUGGUGCAACUAACCCGGUAUCAAUGGGUGUGCCAUCUCGAAGUCUUGCUACUACGCAUCAAGCGCCUUUGCUGCCUCUUCCUGUUUCAGCUCAUCAGACUCGGAUCCCUCGUUCAAGCAAUGAGUUCACUGAAGAAUUUGACUUUGAGGCAAUGAAUGACAAGUUCAAUAAGAAUGAAAUAUGGGGGUUUCUUGAAAAGAACAAAGAGGAGACUGCAGUUGAGCCAAGCGAAGAAGGGAAGGCAAAGCCUGCUUAUAAAAAGGAUGACUUUUUCGAUUCAAUCUCGUGCAAUCAACUUGACCGUGUGGCAAGAAGCGGACAACAACAGCUACACAUCCAGUUUCCCGAUCACACGAGACAAGAUUCUCAGGGCUUUGGUAACAAUUUUCAAAGACCACUCCAACCACAACCGGGUCAGGGUGCAUAUCUAGCUGCACAAACCAAUAACCAUGGCGGAUAUAAUAACAACAACUACUCAAACUCGGGUUAUGGUUACUACUCAGGUGGGAGAGGCCGAGGCAGAAACACACAUUUCUAGGUCACUCUGGCACUUCCUUUUCUUACCUCUGUUCUUAAAUUCAGUUUUUUUCGGAUAGAGAAACAAUUUUAUGGUAAUUGUAUCUCAAGAUUCGUAGGCAUUAUCAUAUUAGCAAGUUCAUCUUUCGUUUUUUCUGUCGUGAUGAGCUUUAGCCUCAGGAGAGAAUGUUGGUGGUUCUUCUGUGUAGAUAAGAAAAACAAAAAGUACUAUUGAACCGUUUGGUAUAUGCAAGUGUCAUUAGAUAUAUA